CACAAUUGUUUGUUUUUUUUAUACACAAUUUUUUUUUUUUAUAUACCAACACUUUAAACAAUAAAAAAAUCAAAACGAAAUAUGGAAGAAAAGCCACAAAGGAUAUCUUCUUUUUCAAUAUCCUCUGAAAUUGAAGAAUUCCGUACAGACAACAAACCAUCACGCAAAUUUCUUUGGUUUAUUCCUUUGGCUCCACAUGCACAUCCUAUUCAAUUCUUCUUUUUAUUGAUUGCCGUUUUUACACCUAUUGCUGUGAUUGUCUUUAUCGCAAGUGCACAAUCAUUUUAUAUUCUUAUCCGGAUUCAAGCUGUAUCACAUGAAACAGGCGAUAUCACUGGCUCUUUGGCGCUAUACUCGGAAAUCAUAUCUUUGGUGGCGGUUGUAUUUUGGGGUGUAUUUUCUGAUCAUCAUGAAAAACGGACAGUGAUGGCUUUGGGCAUUAUUAUUAUGGGUAUUCCUUGUAUCUGUUAUCCUUAUGCAACCAACGUGUAUCCUUCUCUGUUGAUCUUACGUCUCAUCUUCUCAGCUGGUACCGCGGCAACUACUUCCAUGAUGGCAGCUUUUUUUAUCGAAGUGGUUAGUGGUAAAGGUGGUCUUGUUUCUGGUUUAUUGGGUGCAAGCUCUGGUUUAGGUGCCAUCUUUUCCGUAUUUGUGCUUUUCAUGGUACCAUCCGAAGUCAACAAGGUAUUUCAAGAUUAUACAAAAUCUCUUAAUAUUUCAUUUGGCGUCAUUGGUGGUGCUACUGUCUUUGUUGGUAUGGUGCUUUAUUUCGUCCUCCCAAAAUCCCCUCAAGUCGUCCAAUCUACAACCGAAGCCCAUUAUCUUCCUUCUCGAUCAUCCUCCUCUUUCUUCUUGACACGCUGGUGUGGUUAUUUUAUUCGCGGCAUUCAAGAUUUUAUAUACAAAAUCAAACGUGGGGUGAUGGCAGCAAAGGAUCCCAAAAUUGCCCUUGGAUAUACAACUAGUUUUUUUGCGCGUGCAGACGAAAUCAUCAUCUCGAAUUUUGUCAGCUUGUGGAUUACUCAAUACUAUAUUGAACAAGGUUCUUGUUCAGUGGGUGAACCUUGUUAUGUAUCGGCUGCAACGUCUGGAACUUUGACUGGUAUUGCUCAAGCUGUGGCUUUGGUGGCAUGUCCUUUCUUUGCUGUGGCUUCAGAAUAUUUACCAAAGGAAUUUCCAAUCAUGGCAGCUGGUUUGAUUGGUGCUGGUGGAUGUAUCCCUUUUUCUUUUUCUAUUGAUCCUACAUCAAAAGCAAGUAUGGCGUUGGUGGUUCUCAUUGGGAUUGGUCAAUAUGGUAUGAUUAUCUCUGGCUUAACCAUGGUUGGUGGUGAUCAUGUUCCGGUUGCUUAUCGAGGAAGUGUGGCAGGUACCUUCUCCUUUUUUGGCGCUCUCGGUAUCAUUGUUCUCUCCAAAUUGGGGGGUGUUUUAUUUGAUCGAUGGAUGAAGGGUGCACCUUUUUUGUUGUUGGGUAUUGGACAUUGCAUAGUUUUAGUUUUGGCUUUUUCUGUCUAUUUAUGGGAACACUUUUUUUUAAAAAAAAAAAAAAAAAAAAAAAAAAACUAUAACUAA